CGUCACCGGGACAUUCAGAUCACCCUGGCCUGGGUGAGUGGAUCCAGUAGAGCACGACAGGACGGGAUCGAGACCGGACUGUCGGCUGGCGCUGCAUCAUUAUGUCUUCCACAUUUGUGUGGAAAUUAUUUCCUUUUAAUUGAUAUUUUUUCUCUGGAGUUGACCAAGUCAGAGAAGAGGAAAGACCGAGCCCAUCAUUGAAGCGUUCAGGGGUGCGGCCUCGGUUUGCCUCAGGACUUGUCUUGUUGUAGCCAGAUACUGAUAGCAAGCAGUACUGUUGUGUUGCAGCCGGAUCGGUCUUGUAAGUGCAUCUGUGGACUUACGCGAAGAUGGCGGACCCGGCCGAAUGCACCAUCAAAGUGAUGUGCCGUUUUAGGCCAUUGAACAGUUCGGAGGUGACGAGAGGGGACAAAUAUAUCCCCAAGUUUCAGGGGGAGGACAGUGUACAACUUGGGGGCAAACCGUACAUGUUUGACCGUGUGUUGCAGUCCAACACGUCGCAGGAGCAAGUGUACGAGGCGUGCGCUCAGAAGAUCGUCAAAGAUGUCCUCGAUGGCUACAAUGGUACCAUAUUUGCCUAUGGGCAGACCUCCUCUGGGAAAACGCACACCAUGGAGGGGAACCUCCAUGAUCAAGAUGGUAUGGGCAUCAUCCCCAGGAUAGUCCAGGACAUCUUCAACUAUAUCUACUCCAUGGACGAGAACCUGGAGUUUCAUAUCAAGGUCUCCUAUUUUGAGAUUUACUUGGACAAGAUCAGGGACUUGCUGGAUGUAUCAAAGACCAACCUGUCUGUGCACGAGGACAAAAACAGGGUGCCGUACGUCAAGGGGUGUACCGAGCGCUUCGUAUGCAGCCCUGAGGAGGUCAUGGACACCAUCGAUGAGGGCAAGUCCAACAGGCACGUGGCCGUCACAAACAUGAACGAGCACAGCUCCCGCAGUCACAGCAUCUUCCUCAUCAACGUGAAGCAGGAGAACACUCAGACGGAGCAGAAGCUCAGCGGCAAACUCUACCUCGUCGAUCUGGCCGGGAGCGAAAAAGUCAGUAAAACCGGAGCGGAGGGUGCUGUUCUGGACGAAGCGAAAAACAUCAACAAGUCGCUGUCGUCGCUGGGCAAUGUGAUCUCAGCGCUGGCAGAAGGCACGUCCUAUAUCCCCUACAGAGACAGCAAGAUGACCCGUAUCCUGCAGGACUCCCUGGGGGGCAACUGUCGGACCACCAUCGUCAUCUGCUGCUCCCCCUCCUCCUACAACGAGUCCGAGUCCAAGUCCACCCUCAUGUUUGGACAGAGAGCGAAGACCAUCAAGAACACGGUGUGUCUGAACGUGGAGCUGACGGCGGAGCAGUGGAAGAAGAAGUACGAGAGGGAGAAGGAGAAGAACAAGAGCCUGCGCAGCACCGUCACCUGGCUGGAGAGCGAGCUCAACCGCUGGAGGAACGGCGAGAGCGUGCCGGUGGAGGAGCAGUUCGACAAGGAGAAGGCCCACGCCGAGGUCCAGGCUCUGGACAACGUGGUGAACAACGAGAAGAUGGCGCCCUCGCCCGCGGGGAUCCCCGGGGUCCGGCUCACCGACGCCGAGAAGGACAAGUGCGAGGCGGAGCUGGCCAAGCUGUACAAGCAGCUGGAUGACAAGGAUGAUGAGAUCAACCAGCAGAGCCAGCUGGCUGAGAAACUGAAGCAGCAGAUGCUGGACCAGGAGGAGCUGCUGGCCUCGUCGCGGCGCGACCACAACAAUCUGCAGGGGGAGCUGAACCGCCUGCAGGCGGAGAACGAGGCGUCCAAGGACGAGGUGAAGGAGGUGCUGCAGGCCCUGGAGGAGCUGGCCGUCAACUACGACCAGAAGAGCCAGGAGGUGGAGGACAAGACCAAGGAGUUCGAGGCGCUCAGCGAGGAGCUCAACCAGAAGUCGAGCAUCCUGGCCUCCAUCGACUCUGAGCUGCAGAAGCUGAAGGAGAUGACCAACCACCAGAAGAAGAGGGUGACGGAGAUGAUGUCCUCUCUGCUCAAGGACCUGGCGGAGAUCGGCAUCGCCGUGGGCAGCAACGACAUCAAGCAACACGAGAGCAGCGGGCUGAUAGACGAGGAGUUCACGGUGGCGCGCCUCUACAUCAGCAAGAUGAAGUCGGAGGUGAAGACCCUGGUGAAGCGCAGCAGGCAGCUGGAGAGCUCGCAGGCCGACAGCACCCAGAAGAUGGAGGAGAAUGACAAGGAGCUGGCCGCCUGCCAGCUGCGCAUCUCCCAGCACGAGGCAAAGAUCAAGUCUCUGACGGAGUACCUGCAGAACGUGGAGCAGAAGAAGAGGCAGCUGGAGGAGAACGUGGACUCCCUCAACGAGGAGCUGGUCAAGAUCAGUGCCCAGGAGAAAGUCCACACCUUGGAGAAGGAGAACGAGGUCCAGUCAGCCAAUGAAGUCAAAGAUGCCGUGGAGAAGCAGAUCCAGUCCCACAGAGAGAGCCACCAGAAGCAGAUCAGCAACCUGAGGGAUGAACUGGACACCAAGGAGAAGCUCAUCACCGACCUCCAGGAUCUGAACCAGAAGAUCAUGCUGGAGCAGGAGAUACUGAGGGUGGAGCACGAGAAGCUGAAAACCACCGACCAGGAGAAGAGCCGCAAGCUGCACGAGCUCACGGUGAUGCAGGAUAGAAGGGAGCAGGCCAGACAGGACUUGAAAGGACUGGAGGAGACAGUGGCCAAGGAGCUGCAGACACUCCACAACCUCCGCAAGCUGUUUGUCCAGGAUCUGGCCACCAGGGUCAAGAAGAGUGCCGAGAUGGACUCUGAUGACACGGGUGGCAGCGCCGCCCAGAAACAGAAGAUCUCCUUCCUGGAGAACAACCUGGAACAGCUCACCAAGGUCCACAAGCAGCUGGUCCGCGACAACGCAGACCUGCGCUGCGAGCUGCCCAAGCUGGAGAAGCGUCUGCGGGCCACGGUGGAGCGGGUCAAGGCCCUGGAGACGGCCCUGAAGGAGGCCAAGGAGAACGCCGCCCGCGACCGCAAGCGCUACCAGACGGAGGUGGACCGCAUCAAGGAGGCCGUGAGGGCCAAGAACAUGGCCAGGAGGGGCCACUCUGCUCAGAUCGCCAAACCCAUCCGGCCAGGACAGCCCCCCGUGGCCUCCCCCACCCACCCCAACGUCCACCGGGCCGGAUUCUUCCAGAACAGCCCGGCAGUGGGCAUCAGAGGAGGCGGAGCCAACAAGCAGCAGGAGAACUGCUGAAGAGAAAAACACCAUAACAGGGAGAGACACCAAGAUCCCCCAGAGACGCUCGCAUUCCAGAACAGUGUCCUGUCACACGGGACCACUCCUCCAACACACACCCUAAACACUACACACACACACCCUAAACACUACACACACACACCCUAAAGAUGACAUACAC